CUUCCUGUAAAUUGUUUAUUGGCACAAAAAUCCCUUCCUGUCUCAUUCAGAGAGAACAGGGCAAAAAGAACACUCAUUCUACGCACUCACGGAAAGACAGGUCUUUUCCACAAGGCGGUAUUCCGAGCUGCUUAAAUGAGACAAUUUCACUGAUGCACUUUACUCUCUAAUGCCAUCACAGCUGAGACCAACCACUUCUCUCUGGCAGAGAGAGAGAGAGAGAGAGAGUGAAAGAGAAAGAGAGAGUGAGAAAGAGAGACAGCAGUGUAAUCUGUCUGCAUCUGACCUCAAUAUUGAUGCUGUUUCCCCGUUGGAUUUCACAGGUCUGAUGUUUGUUAAGUGUAUCCCUUCUUUAAUGCUGGGAGAGACUGAAAGGCACUAAGGCAGCCAAAGUAGAGCAGGAGCCAGAGAGGCUGACGAAGGAGAGAAGAGUUUUCACAGGGCGAGGGACACGCUGCAAUACUGGGACUCUAAAAGGAGGAGAAAGGUCCAGUAAAUUCCAGGAGCUCUGCUUGAGUGCACUGCUAACUCCCAGGAAGACUGUGCCGUUCAACCUGCCACGUACUUUCAGAAGCAAGUUCAGUGGUCAAUUAAAUUAUCCUCACAAGAAGCCAUGGAGACCCCUGGCAAGAAACGAGUGACCAGCAGUGGGGCCGCGUCCGUUUCUCCAACCCGCAUCACCCGUCUGCAGGAGAAGGAAGACCUGAGCAACCUCAACGACCGGCUGGCGGUCUACAUUGACAAGGUCCGCUCGCUGGAGGUGGAGAACGCCGGACUCCGCCUCCGCAUCACCGAGUCGGAGACCGAGGUCAGCCGCGAGCUGUCCGGCCUGAAGGCCGCCUACGAGGCGGAGCUGGCCGACGCCCGAAAGACCCUGGACUCCGUGGCCAAGGAGCGCGCUCGGCUGCAGCUGGAACUUGGCAAGGUGCGCGAGGAAUUCAAGGAGCUGAAGACCAGGAACACCAGGAAAGAGUCUGAACUGGAGGGGGCAUUAGCCCGGCUGAAGGAUCUGGAGGCCCUUCUGAACUCUAAGGAUGCCUCCCUGACCACCGCUCUGGGGGAGAAGCGCAACCUGGAGGCUGAAGUUCGUGAACUGAAGGCUCAGCUGGCGAAGCUGGAGGGCAGCCUGGUCGAUGCCAAGAAGCAGCUGCAGGAUGAGAUGCUGCAGAGGGUGGACGCCGAGAACCGCAUCCAGACCCUGAAGGAGGAGCUGGAGUUUCAGAAGAGCAUCUACAGCGAGGAACUGAGGGAAACGAAACGGCGGCACGAGUCGCGCAUGGUGGAGAUCGACAGCGGGCGGCAGCAGGAGUUCGAGAGCAAGCUAGCCGAGGCACUCACCGAGCUGCGCGCCCAGCACGACCAGCAGCUCAGCAUUUACAAGGACGAGAUCGAGAAGACCUACAACGCCAAGCUGGAGAACGCGCGGCAGUCUGCCGACAGGAACAGCCACCUGGUGGGGGCGGCCCACGAGGAGCUGCAGCAGACGCGGGUGCGCCUGGAGACGCUCUCUGCCCAACUGAGCCAGCUGCAGAAACAGCUGGCUGCGCGGGAUGCCAAGGUGCGUGAGCUGGAGGAGGCGCUGUCGCGGGAACGGGACGCCAUGCGGCGGCGGCUGGAGGUGAAGGAGAGGGAGAUGAGCGAGAUGCGGCAGCGCAUGCAGCAGCAGCUGGACGAGUACCAGGAGCUGCUGGACGUCAAGCUGGCACUGGACAUGGAGAUCUGUGCCUACAGGAAGCUGCUGGAGGGGGAGGAGGAGAGGCUACGUCUGUCCCCCAGCCCACCCCCCACUCGGGUCGCUGUGACUCGCAGAUCGGGUUCGGGCACACAAAGCCGCACCGUCCACACCCACAGCGCCCACAGCUCCUCCGGCAAGAAACGCCGUGUCAAUGACAAUGACAGUGAGACCUCCAGUCUAGCAGGUGGCGCUGUUGCACGUACCCGAAUCGUGCAGCAGGCUUCCGCUAGUGGCCGUGUCACUGUGGAUGAGGUCGACCUGGAGGGGAAGUAUGUGCGGCUCAGCAACAAAGCUGACCAGGACCAGCCAAUGGGCCACUGGCAAGUGAAGAGGCAGGUUGGGUCACAGGAAGCCAUAGCCUACAAGUUCCCCCCAAAAUUCAUCCUGAAGGCUGGACAGGCCGUUACGAUUUGGGCAUCAGGGGCAGGGGGCACUCACAACCCCCCCUCUGACCUGGUGUGGAAGACCCAGAACUCCUGGGGCACUGGAGACCAGUUCCAGACCACCCUGGUAAAUGCCAAUGGAGAGGAAAUGGCAAUGAGGAAGGUCACGCGUACACUGUUUCAUGAUGAUGACGAUGAUGAUGACAUGGCCACUCACAGCACCGGUGGAGACAGCGAGUACAACCUGCGCAGCCGCACGGUCAUUUGCGGCUCCUGUGGCCAGACGUCCGAGAAGGCCAGCUCGGGGGUGUCGAGCGCCUCCCGCUCCUCCUUCCGCAGCAGCGGAGGAGGUCUCCCUGAGGGAAUGGUCCCCCACUCCUUCCUGAUGGGCGACAACAUGCCCCGACAGAGUGGUCCCAGAGCGGAAAACUGCGCCAUCAUGUAGACCCCAGGACAACUCCACCGGGAGGAGAUGGACUCUCACUCCUGAGGACCGAAAAAAACACAUUUUUCUACACAUGGAAGGAGCAUUUAUAUUUCUGUCUAUAUAUUUGUGUUUAAGGGACUUUCUAUUUAAGUCUUAUUUUUUACUGCAUAAUCUGCAAAUAUUUUUAUAUGUACAAGUAUUUAGUAGAUUAUACUUAACUUGCUUACAUGCGGCAAUAAGCUUUGCACUGUGGCUGUUUACCAAAUAAAAAAAAAUAAAAAAAAUAUAUAUAUGGUGGGAUAUCAUGCAUGCAGAGGACCCAUUAGCCACCUGAGUUCUGUAGAUGCUUAAAAAACAGCUUUAUUCAUGGAGAGAGGGAGAGAGAAGGUACUGCCUUGCACGGCAGUUUGAUUCAGCCUGUGGUUUAAUGUCUCAGAUCUUUGCUGUCAUUGCUGAUCACGCACAGGUUAUACACCCUGAACUGAAUCAAACUGCUCUGUGCUUGGAGAAGAGUCUGUCGCCCUGGCAUGCUGCAUAUCUGAGUGAAUGUCAACUCUUAAACAUAACAACACAUACACAACUGUAAAAAAAAAAAUGUGGUAGGGAUAUUUACCUUUUGAGAUUCAACCUAAAUAUCUGUGUUAAUUUCCGUCUUUUUAAAGAAAGAGGGAAAUUGGAAGAGAAUAGAUAUGAUGGCUCUGUGUGGAUAACCUUCCUAUUGUCAUAGGAAGAGUAUGACAGAAUAAGGAAUUUAGCUCUAAAGUGCACAGUUUUCAUUUUAGGCCCAAGUACAGUAAGACAGAAAUAACAGAUUUACAAUACAAAAACAUAAACAAAGCCCUCAGAUCACUUCUCUUUCAGGUUUUAAGAUUUCAGGUUCAUUUUAAAAUUGGAUUGGUUUACUGUGGAGUUAAUUAAUUGAAAUUACACUCAGGUUAUUCAUUAGGUCUUGUUCUCGGGGUAGAGGAAUGGUUAAUGGAUUGGGAGAUGUUGGUUGAGUCUAAGAUUAUGGCAGCUUAAAAUAUCUGAUUUUCCAUGUUUUCACACUAAACCUGCAACUUUUUGAGAUUGCAAAAAUGAAAGAAUUAGGACAGCAAAUUGAAUUGUCUGACACAAAUUAAUCAAAAUAAUACAGACAAUAAUGUAUUUCUGUCCUCAGUAGAUUAGUACAGCAUAUUGCUAUACCAAAGACAUAAGUACUUUCUGUAAGUUUAUGAAAGUGCGAAUAUGACAUAUCAAUUAAACUGAUACAGCAAUGACA